CAAAUCAAUCUCAGGUAGAUGCUUGUUAGGAAGCCUACACAUUGAAAAGAAGAACUUCAGCGGGCACCAAACAUUGCCAACAUGACACCAGAAAUCGAAUCGUCUGUUCAGAUGCGUCUGUACUCCCUGUCCAAACGUCAGUUUGUGUCAGUCUUUAUCAUCUUCUUCUUCUGCUUUGGAAUCACAGUGUUGGUGGGCGUGGCAGGUCCUCCGAUCAUAGACACUGUGUCACACAAUGGUUCCCUGACCGUCGGAAGCCACUCCCAGGUGGCUGCUGGACACUUCAAGCUCAAGUCUCCACCUAUGUCCACGUUUCACCAACAGAUGUGGUUGAUUGCUCACAUGACAACAAGCAACAGGGGAGGUUCACGGUUCCAGGAGCCCUUUGUUGUGGGUGUAGAGAUCCGGGGUUUUAAGGGAGAUAUAGACCAUGGCAUACUGAAGACCAAAAACCCGGAGCUGAGUCCCAAGUCACACAACAGGACACGGCUACUUAGCUGCUCUAAUGUCUGUGAUGAUCUUAUACUGCUCCACCUCGGCUACUUGGACUACACUAAUUACAUCAUCAACAUCGACUUCUACGGCCUCGGGGAGGCAAAGGCCAACAUCAAGGACAUUGUUUUCUAUUUUAAGAGCUACAACACCUCCUUCACACAGCUUGAAAUUUGGAUCCGAUUUGUUUUUGUGGUGGUGACUUUCCUCGGCACAUGCCUGUUUGCCCAUUCCCUGAGGAAGUUUUCCAUGAGGGACUGGUCAAUCGAACAGAAAUGGAUCUCCGUGUUGUUGCCUCUGCUUCUCCUCUAUAAUGAUCCGUUGUUCCCGAUGACGUUCCUGGUAAACAGCUGGGUUCCUGGUAUCCUUGAUGGUGUGUUCCAGGCAUCCUUCCUGUGCGGACUACUCAUGUUUUGGCUGUGCAUAUACCAUGGUGUCAGACAGACUGACCGGAGAUUUGCCAAGUUUUACCUGCCGAAAUUUAUCAUCGUAGGACUGAUUUGGAUCACAGCGGUCACUCUAGCUUCCUGGCAGGGCUACAAUGAACUACAGGAUCCUACGUACUACUACCGUCUGGACACGACCAACUUCAUGGGUUUCAAGAUUUUCUUUUUCAUCGUUGGCGGCCUAUAUCUGUUAUACUUGCUAUACCUGCUGGUCCGAGCUUACGCUGAGCUGCGAUCCAUGCCUUAUUUUGAUAUCCGCCUGAAAUUUAUGACGUUGCUGAUGCUGAUAGUGCUGUCGAUAAGCGUGACGAUAACUGUGAUGCGGUUUGGGGCAGCAGCCCUCCAGGACAACUUCGUGGCAGAGCUCUCUACGAACUACGAAAACUCCAUUGAGUUCGUGUCGUUUUACGGUCUCCUGAAUUUCUACAUGUACACGAUGGCGUUUGUUUAUUCACCUUCCAAAAAUGCACAGUUUGAGAGUAACCUGAAGGACAACCCAGCUAUAUCUAUGUUGAAUGACUCGGACGAAGAAGUGCAUUAUGGAUCCGACCAAGAGGAGGCAAAUCUAAAUAGUCACCAUGUCAGUCGCUACCAUGACUCGGAGGAAGAAACAUUCCGUUAGGACAGCUGUGGACCACAGAGUGGAAAUCUUCUGCCAAACAAGAGUAGUGAAUCUCAUCUGAAGAGUGUCAGAUCUGACACAGGCUAUUUAUAAGUUACUGUAGGUCUGCCCUUCUUGAGGUGAUCCAAAUUUUUGCAGAUAUUUUUAUGACGAGUAAAAAUAAUUCUACUACCAUCCUGUACUAACAAUGUACAAUCUUCACAAACUGGAUAGCUUCUGUAAGUUAUGGGAUUCAUGUAUAUGAUAUGUAUGGUUGGAAUUGGGUUGUAAAAAUUUAACAAGUUUACUUGCAACUGCAGUAAAAUGAGAUUUUGGGGUCUACCUGUACAUUCCGUGUGGAAGAUUCUGCUGCGAGUUCCUGGGUUUUAUUUGCAUUCCAUGUGGAGCUUAUCCGCAAACUUGUUGGGUGUAGAAAUUUUAUGAACAAAUUUUAAUGGGCAUGUUAUGUAAAUAUUUUUGUUGAUAAUCAAAGACAAUAAUUUUAAAAUCUCAUAAAAAAUAAUGUAACAAAAGCACCUUUGCCAAGCUGUACAAAGCCUGGUUAGCUUAAUGCCUUUAGAAAUGGACACAUUAAGCUGAUCAUGCUUUGUCUGACAUUGGGCUGUGCAUCUUGACAUACUGUCUCUAUAGAGAAUGUAAACAUUUAGUAUCUCAUACAGAACUAAAUGCAAUAAACAACGCGUUCAUAAAUUAGGUGCAUUUAGUCCUUAAAUAAUGUUAUUAAAUUAAAGAUUUUGUUUCAAUUAAUUUACCAUGGUAGACUAAAAUAAUACAACCAUCAAUCAAUGUGAUAUUUCCAUUGUCACUAAAAUGUUGUUUUUUUCUCAAUUGAAAUAUUAUUUCAGCUGAAAUUUUCUGUAAAAGUAACAUUUCCACAAUAUGUUUAUGAUACCUGUUAAAUAGCAUUACCACUACAUUUAUAUUUCACUAAAAUAAUUUUACAUGUCAAUAAUAUAUCUGUUACCUCUAAAAUAUUAU